GAAGGGAGCUGUGGAGCGGUCACUUCUUCAGUAGAAGUUUCAGUUUCAAUGCGGACACAAACACGGACACAGCGCUGCUCGCAGGAAAGAAGGGAGGAUCAUGGCUGCUCACAGAGAUUGGAUUCCGUACAGAAAUUCCAGAGGCUAUGAAGUAAUGUGCUGUGAAGGUGAGCAUGUGAGUGUAGCAAAGCUGAAAGCGGACCCCGGAUUAGACAAUUCCUACCUGAGAAGAACCAUUCCCCCUUAUCCAGACCCAGUCUUCCACAUAUCUGAAGUGUGCCAUGUGACUGGGGAGAGUGGACUUAAUGGUAUCUUCAGAGUUGGCGGAUUCCAGAAGUACUACCAGCUAGACGACAACUUCCUUUGGUGGAGUGUAUCAGUGACUAAGGACGACAUUGCUGAUGCUGAGAAGAAUUUCCUAGAGAAGCUAUUCCCAGGUGGCCAGGGCCAUAACCAGCAGCCUUUUCUGGAGAAGUUCACCACCUCACCGGCAUUCCAGAGCAAGUCUCGCUACGGCAACUUUCGUUUCACCUUUCCUCUGAAAACACUCCUGUGUAUGUACAAAAGGCAGUUCUGUCAUAACUCCUCUCUAGUUCUUCGUGUGUUGGACACUGAGAUCUACAAGACAGAGAUUAUGUACUCUGUGUUGGUGCAUCCAGGGUACCUUAAUUGCUAUAGCCAGUACCCACGCCUGCCCUGCCAUGAUGACAAAGUGUGUGGGUACUUCCAGGGUGACAUGUCAUGGCGCUGUCAGGCUCCUUCAGAAAGCCAUCGCCAGACGCUGGAGGUGGACAGAGAGGGGUGUACUGUGCAUGUGAGCUCACUUGAGAGUGAAGUUUAUAAUGUGUGGGAUCAUGUGGCUGUAGCCUUCCACAUGGAGCCAGACUGGAUUCUGGAUGUGGAUCGGGAUCAACUGUACAGAAGUGUGAGCGUAUGUGAAGUCACUGAAUGGAAUCUCCUGAGGGAGCCAGACCGUGCCCUCAGUAAGCGUAAGGCUUCCAAAAUACUACAGGACAUAACUAGUGAACAUGAUUUAGGCCAUUUGCACUACUAUUGAUCAGGGGUGUCCAGUCUUAUUGCUGGCAAAUUGGUGACUGCAAACAUUUUUUAGAAACCCAACCAAAUGCAUCCAACCCAUUAAUCUAGGUGAUGAGAGUACACACACACACACACACAUCUUCUAAACUGCUUAUCCUUCUGGAUCGCGUUGGGAGCUGGAGCCUAUCCCAGCAGUCAUUGGGUGGAAGGCAGGAUACACCCUGGACAGGUCACCAGUCCAUCGCAGGGCAGACACACAGACUUAUACAUUCACACCCACCCUCACACCUAGUGGCAAUUUUGCAUGUCCAAUUAGCCUGACUGCAUGUCUUUGAACUGUGGGAAGAAACCAGAGUACCCGGAGGAAACCCACGCAGACACGGGGAGAACAUGCAAACUCCAUGAUGAAAAAACGUAAACCAUUACAAAUGACAAAUAUUUCUCUGAAAGUGUAAUGGGAUUGCUUUCCUUUGAUUGAAAAAAAUAAUCUCACCAUUCAUCACUUUACUUUUAAGUUACUCUCUAAAACCCAUACAAAUCUGCACCAAGCGUAAAAAAAUAAGGAAUGAAAGGCUAACCUAGCAGUCCUUUCAAAUCUUUACCUAGAAAGAAAUAGCCAACUGUGGUAAACAAUCAUUAAAAAGGCAUGUAACUACCCCUGUCUGUACUCUGAACACAGGGGUGGAGCUACACCUCCAAAAGUGGUGGGGCAAAACAUAAUGUUUCAAAAAAAAAAAGCGGCUGGCCGAGUGACGAAAUGCAAGUAGGCCACUGACUAAAGCCGCCUUUCAUGUCAUGCUAAGAAUAUGUCUUUAUAAACCUACUCAGAGGUGGGAAGUAACUAGUUACAUUUACCCAAGUAUAUGUACUUCACUAAAGUACUGAUGGAUUUUUACUCUCCUAAGUAUUUUUCAAAUCAUAUUACUUUUACUUCUACUGAAGUGAGUAAAGGAAUCUUAUUAUGAUAGUUGUUAUAUUUGUACUGCUGUGUGAUUGGUUAUAUCUCAGACUUUGGAGUUUUGUAUUUUAAAACAUUCCAAAAAGAGAAGAACAGAGCUGCACAAUCUUCAGUUCCUAUGCUGAUAAAUGCUGGAUGUAGUAGACGUUCCACUGCAGUACUGAGUACUUAAGUAGAUUUUCAUCCUGCUUCUUUUGUAUUUCCACUGAAGUUGUUCUGGGGAAAGUACUUUUACUUGUGUAAUUAUUUUAUGCAAGCAUCUGUAUUUUUACAGCUUCAGUAGCUGCAGCCUUAGAUAGCAGUAUUUGUUAACUAACAUUUCUGAAGAACAUCAGACUGUUUUCAUACACAGUUCAUUUUAUAAAGUUUUUUGUGAUAUUGUAUCUCUUUCAUUUGGUUCGGAUGGUGAACUGCAAGGACUAAAGUGGACUAAAUUACACUCAUGGGUGUUUGUUCAUUGAUCAGAAGUUUUGCAGGGAUGCAAGCGCUCUGUUACUCUCACAUUCACCACCAGAAACAGAAAAUAGAAACACUUAUCGUCUGUGUGUAUAGCAGUUUUAAUUUAACCGAUCUGGUCACUGAUGCUUGGCUAAAAAUGAUGCUCCACGGUCAAUGUUUCACAAUUUAAUGCAUAUUAUUAUUUUAUUCCUUGUCUCUCAUUAUUCACAGCAGCUCGCAGUGCAGGAACAAUAUCCAGGAAAUGCAAAAUCUGCAACACAAACAUAGUCAUUUUAUUUACUAUUCAAAACCAUCAGUGAACCUACAUGUAUCUCAUAAGUUUUAUAUUGUCCAGAGAAACAAACAUGUAUCUCUAAAUUAGUAGCCUUAGAGGAGAAGGCAAAAACAGUCUUAACUUUCAAUUUAAGUUAAUGUAAAUAAGUUUAAUUACAUGUUCUUUUAGAGCAUUUCUAUUGUUCCAUUAAAUAUGGACAUAGGAUGGGGUAGGAUGGCCUCCAUCCCUCAGGACAUCUGUUAGCAGACUUGCUUCAAAAUACUGCAAAAAAUCUAUUUCUCUAAUACUGUCCACUAGAUGGCUGUGCAGAGCUGCACAAAUAUUGCUUGCAAUUGAAAGUACCACAAAGAAAAAGUCCAGGCAGUACAGCUCUGACCUGUACAAAGCACGUAUUUUCAAUGACAUAUAAGUCAACUAAUAAGCCUUAAUAUACUGUUAUUCUGGGGUUUUCUUUUUGUAUACUUCUACUUUCUUCUGUCCUGUUUGCUAUUCCAAUUUUGCAUGGCUUAAUAAUAUUGUGGCAUGUUUUGUUAACAUGGAAGAGAAACCUGAAUAAAGACUUUUAUGAAGAAAAAACUU